AUGCUCCCGCUGUCCUCCCCGAGCUACCUGGCCAAGCGAUCCCGGCGGUGCGGAACCAAGGGGCGAGGUCGCUGCCGUCGGGGCGAGGUCACCGUCAUCCCAGCCGCCCAGGUGAGCGAGGGCUGGAAGAACGACUACGCAGCCCUGCCGGAGGUCAUGGUCGAGCUCUCCCAGAAGCAGGCGGAGGAGACCGCGUGCAAGGGCAUGUCCGUGCAGCUGUUCCGCGUGGACCUGAGCGAGCACUUCCUCGAGCCUCUGUGGGUGCGCGACACAGUCCACCUGGGCAUGUGCCCCUCCAAGCUGCAGAUGCGGGAACUCGGAAGCAACGUGAUGCCCCCGAGGGUCGUCGAGACCAAGUGCCUGUGCCAGCAAGAGUCUUGCUCCAACCUCGGCGGCGAUUUCCGGUGCCAGGCGGUGAAGAAGUCCAUCUCGACCUGGGUGCGCCUCGAGGAGAACAAGUACAUCCCGUCUCAGGAGCUGGUGACGAUAGGCUGCGUGUGCGUGCAGAGAGCGAGUCCAGAGGGCAAGUACGCUAAGCCGGCUCUCCUUUCUUAGUCAGUGACAACUUCGCUUUCCCUUUGCCGGAGUCCACGCUGUAAUGGACCGAUGCUGUACCGUUCCAAUUAUCCCCUUAAAUAUAUCAUCAGUUACUCUA